AUGCCAUCCACACAUGAUAAAGAUAAGCCAUGGGACACCCCCGAUAUAGAUAAAUGGACCGUUGAAGAAUUCAAACCAGAACACAAUGCCAGUGGUCUACAUUUUGCUGAAGAAUCAUCAUUUAUGACCUUGUUCCCCAAAUAUCGUGAGCAAUAUCUUAGAAGUAUAUGGAGUGAUGUUACCAAAGCAUUAGAUAAACACCACAUACGAUGCGAAUUAGAUCUCGUUGAAGGAGCAAUGACAGUCAAGACGACAACAAAGACAUUUGAUCCUGCCAUGAUUUUAAAAGCUCGUGAUUUGAUUAAAUUAUUAGCUAGAUCAGUUCCAUUCCCACAAGCAGUCAAGAUUUUGCAAGAUGAUGUUGCUUGUGAUGUUAUCAAGAUUGGCAAUUUUGUCACCAACAAAGAUCGAUUCAUCAAAAGAAGACAAAGGUUGGUUGGACCCAAUGGAAAUACAUUAAAGGCUUUGGAAUUGCUAACCAAAUGCUACAUCUUGGUUCAAGGAAACACAGUUAGUGCUAUGGGCCCAUACAAGGGUUUAAAAGAAGUAAGAAGAGUAGCUGAAGAUUGCAUGAAGAAUAUUCAUCCAAUUUACUAUAUUAAGGAAUUGAUGAUCAAACAAGAAUUGCAGAAAAACCCCGAACUAGCUCAUGAAGAUUGGUCACGGUUCUUGCCCAGUUUCAAAAAGAGGAACGUUGCCAGAAAGAAGGUUAAAACUUCCAAAGUGGAAAAGAAGGUUUAUACUCCAUUCCCACCAGCUCAACAACCACGUAAAGUUGAUUUGCAAAUUGAAAGUGGUGAGUAUUUCCUUGGUAAGCGUGAACGCGAGUUGAAAAAGAUUCAGGAAAAGAGAGCUUUACAGGAGGAGAAUAGUGAGUUAAAGAGACAAGAACGAGCUAAGGGCUAUGUUGCUCCAGAAGAGGAACAGUAUGAGAAUAAGUUGUUGAGUAAGGAAAAGAAGGAAAAGAAGGAAAAAAAGGAGAAAAAGGAAAAGAAGGAGAAGAAGAGGAAAUCAAGUGAUGAUAAUGACAAUGAUGAUGAGGAUGAGUCAAAGCAUAUGAAAUCAAAGAAACCGAAGAAAUCAAAACACUAA